AUGACUACCACAACUCAUGAAAGUGGAACACUAAAGGAGUUGGCUUCCAAUUUUGUCAAACUUGAUUGGUUUAAUGGUGGUAAUUUUCGACGAUGGAAGAAAAAGAUGCACUUCUUAUUAGCAACUUUGAAGAUUGCUUAUGUUUUGGAUACUCUAAGACCUGACGAGACUGAAAAUGAAUCUGUUGCUGCAACUCGAAAAAGACAAAAAUGGGACAAUGCUGAUUACAUAUGCAUGGGCCACAUAUUGAAUGGUUUAUCUGAUGGUUUGUUUGACACCUAUCAAAACGAGGUCACCGCUAAAGAAUUAUGGGACAAAUUGGAGACAAGAUACAUGACCGAAUAUGUUACAAGUAAGAAAUUUCUUGUCAGUCGUUUCAAUAAUUAUCAAAUGGUUGAUGGUUGUUAUGUUAUGGAACAAUUCCUUGAUAUUGAAAAGAUGUUGAAUCAAUUCAAGCAAUAUGAUAUGAAAAUGGAUGAAAUGCUUGUUGUAUCCUCCAUAAUAGACAAACCUCCUCCAUCUUGGAAAGACUUAAAAAGAAGUCUAAAACAUAAGAAAGAAGAAAUAUCUCUUGAGGCUUUGGAAAAUUAUCUUUAUAUUGAAGAAGAAUAUCGAAAGCAAGAUCAAAAUCUAAAUUUUGAAAAUGCCAAAGUGCAUGUUAUGGAGAAAGUCAUGGACAAGGUUUUUGGGGAGAAGCUGUUCUAA